AUGGAGAUGACACUCUUCAUCUGUUUCUGGCCCGUCUUGGUCCUUGUGCUCGGUGCUAACCUCGUUGUCUCGCAGUCUGGUUUGCCUACGUUGACUCCUCGCCAACUGGCGGUCAACCAGCUCGUCAACGCGUCGCGCAUCCUAGCCUAUCAAGGCAUCGCCGACGGUUCUCCCGGCCACAUUUCGAUCCGGGAUCCGUUUUCACCUAGUACGGCCUUCCUCAUCAGCGCCAACACUCGCACUGCGGCUCAAAUUACUCCCGCCGACAUCGCCGUUGUCCGAAUCAAUGACUCUAUCGUCACUUCGGCUGCCUUGGACGGCUACGCUGCCCCAGCUCGCCCGGCAGAGGUCUUCAUACAUUCCUCCAUCUACCAGAGGUUCCCGAACACGACUGUCAGCAGUAUCGCGUACUAUAGCUCCGAGCAACUGCUGCCCUGGACGCUCUUCACUGCCAGAUUGGCCAACGGCACUUCGGCAGACGCGACAGUCUCGGACGUGAGCAGCUUGUACGCAGCCACCUCGGGCGCGUCUUUUAUGGGUUCACACCCCGCUCCCGUGUUCAACGCCUUCGACGCUGAACCCAACACUACGUCCGUAAACGUCGACAGCGUCGUCAAAGGCUUCGAUCUCGCACAGAAGUUUGGCCCCGCCGGAACAGGAGUGCAGACGGUCAAUCAGUCGGACGGGUUCCGACCGCUGGUGCUGAUGCGUAACGACGGCGCCACCGUGGUCGGCACCAGUGUGCCUGAGGUCGUGUUCCGUUUUAUUCAGGCUGCAAAGAGCGCCAGAGUGCAGUAUCACGCUGCUUCGUUGCUGUGGUCCAACGGAACUGCACCCUUGUUCCUUCCGACGGCUGCUACAAAGACGACCGACGACUAUCUGCGGAGCUGGCUGUAUUGGAUGACUCAGAUUGAACCUUCGAUCAAUGCCGACUCCACUCGCAGCCCGGAGUUGUGGAAGGGAAGUGGUGCUUCGAGCGCCGGCUCGGGCUCGGGAUCGAAGGGUACGAGCGGUGCUGCUGGAAAGCAACCUGAUCCCUGCUCGACUGCAAUGUUGGCCUUAGUGGCCACUGUCCUUCACGCUGUGCUGCUGUAG